GUGAACUGAGAUCAGUUGAGCGGCGACUGUAGGACGGGUUCUUUGUUUUCGAUCGGUAUUGCAGCUCGGAUAUGUUUAGGUUACUUGUUAACUUGGCUAGCUUGUGGCUACUUCUAAACUGUAUUUCCAGUUAUGAGGUGGCAAACAAGCCCGUCACGGAAGAUUGCCUGGACUGUUUGUGCGAAACAAUGAGCGGUUGCAAUUCCUCGGCCAUUUGCGUAAAUGGGGCCUGUGGCAUAUUCCGCAUCACCUGGGGUUACUGGGUACAAGCUGGCCAAUUGACCUUAUCUAAAGAUACAGCUUUGUCCGAUGAUGCCUUCACAAACUGCGUCAAUGAUCCCUAUUGUGCUGCUAAUACGGUCCAGAAUUAUAUGUACAAACACGGUCAGGACUGCAAUAAUGAUGAAGUCAUAGAUUGCUUGGAUUUCGGUGCCCUCCACAAGCUGGGAAACCUUAAGUGUCGUGAUGAGCUGCCCUACAUCUUCCAAAAGGUCUUCCAGAGAUGUUUGAAAGCCAAACAGCGACAGGCUGAGGAAACAGUCACCAAAUUAAUAGAAGAAACUUCAACAUAAUUGAUUCUUUAUUGGGUUCCAUUUUCUUUAUCUCUUUUCCUGUUUUUAAAACAAUCUUGGUAAUACAUUUACACAUAUCAUAGUA